AUGGCACCUGGUGUCACUAGCACAGUCAAGGACACCACGAACGGCUCCGGCGGGGCUGCUCCCGCUCCUCGUUUCCUCCCUCCCGGUGUCUCUGUCGAGAAGUUCCAAGAGUUCGCAGCACAGCUUCAGAAGACGGUCGGGAAAGAAAACCUUCAGAUCAUCACCAAAGACACGCCGUUGGACGAUGGCGACUAUCUCACGAUCGACUGCCUCACGCACGACAUGCACCACCUCUACGAGCGAGAGGAAUUCGUCGGGAGCGCGCUCAUUCACCCCAAAAACGUCACUGAUAUUCAGGCCGUCGUCAAGCUUUGCAACGACUUCAUCGUGCCCGUAUGGACGUUCAGCAAGGGUCACAAUGUUGGCUAUGGCGGCGCCGCUCCGAGGGUAUCUGGCAGCUUGGUCAUGAACCUCGGAACCCACCUGAACCGCAUCAUUGAGGUCAACGCAGACGAUUGCUACUGCCUCGUCGAGCCCGGUGUUACGUACCUGCAAAUGCAAAAGUACCUCAACGACAAUGGCCUCUCUGAUAAGGUAUGGCUCGACUCUCCUGAGCUGGGCUUUGGUUCCAUGAUCGGAAACGCCUUGGACCAUGGUGUUGGCUUCACCCCUUAUGGUGACCACUGGAUGAUGCACUGCGGUAUGGAAAUUGUUCUGGCCAACGGCGAGGUCGUUCGGACGGGCAUGGGUGCCAUGCAAAGCCCCGAAGGUCGGGCUCAGGCGGCUAAGGGUGUGCCACCUCAAGACCAGCACCAGAAUGAAUGCUGGCAGCUGUUCCCCUACGGAUUCGGUCCCAUCAAUGACGGAAUCUUUUCUCAAAGCAACAACGGCAUCAUCACCAAGAUGGGCAUGUGGCUCAUGCCCGCUGCCCCAGGCUUCACCCCGUUCAUGGUAACGUACGAGAAGGAUGAGGAUCUUGCUGCGGUCGUCGACAUCAUCCGCCCACUGCGUGUUAAUAUGGUUCUUCAAAAUGCUGCCAGUCUUCGCCACAUCGCACUCGAUGCGGCUCAUUACCACCCUCGUUCGGAAUAUACCGAUGCCGGUCUCGACGUCCCUCUCACCGAAGAGCAGCUCGAUGCUGCAGCCAAGAAGGUCAACCUGGGACGAUGGGUGUAUAUUGGCGCCGCUUACGGCCCCGAUCCUAUCCGCAAGGCUCAUCUUGAGAUCACCAAGCGGGAGAUGACGAAGGUGCCCGGAAGCCGCUGGUUCUUGCUCGAGGAUCGCAAAGAAGAGUUCAGCACUCUGCAUUGCCGCGCCGAUACUAUGAAGGGCAUUCCGACCUGGGACGAGCUGAGGUGGCUUAACCACUGGAUUCCCAACUGCACAUUCCUGUCCUUCUCACCUAUCUCCAAGGUCGACGGAAAGUCGGCUCAACUGCAGUACGACAUGGCUAAGAAGCGCUUCGCCGAGGCCAAGAUGGACUACUUUGGAAUUCUGAGCAUCGGAAUGCGUGAGAUGCACAACAUCGUAUGCAUCGUGUACAACCGGGAGGAUCCCGAUAUGCGUCGCCGUGCGCAGUGGCUCGUCCGGACCAUGAUCCAGGACUGUGCGGACAAUGGCUGGGGAGAGUUCCGAACCCACGUCGCGCUGAUGGACCAGAUCGCAGACACGUACGACUUUAACAACCAUGCGCUGGGCCGGUUGAACCAGACCAUCAAGGAUGCGUUGGAUCCCAACGGCAUUCUUGCUCCUGGCAAGAGUGGUGUUUGGCCGAAGAGCUAUGAUAAGUCGAAGUGGGCACUGAACAAGGAUUACAUCAAAUAG